GUAAAUCUCGAAACAGCAAUUGAAUGGACAUCAAAGUAACACCGCGCGAGAGCACUGGAGAAGUAAAUGGCGUCUCUGAGAAUUCCUCUGUGAGCAGGUCACUCGCACAUUCGUCCACUUUCAGGCGGGAGUUGGCCUGUGCUCUCCAUGACAUUGGCGUCAUCAAGUUUGGAGAAUUUCGUCUUAAGUACGGUAUAUUAUCUCCGGUUUACGUUGAUCUACGUUUGGUUGUUUCAGUUCCUCCAUUGUUAAUGCAGCUGGCUAAGGCAGUUUCGUCCAUGCUUUCCUGCGACUCCAAGUUCACCGAUGACCUCAUUUGCGGAGUGCCCUACUCCGCGUUGCCGAUUGCCACCUGUGUAUCAACGUUGACUUCCAUCCCACUGAUAAUCUGCCGCAAGGAGACGAAGUCGUACGGCACGAGGCAAGUUAUCGAGGGCAUUUGGGAAAUGGGCCAAAAGUGUGUAAUUAUCGAAGACGUGGUCACAUCAGGCUGCAGCGUCGCCUCAGUGGCUAAGAUUCUCCGUAGCGAAGGAGUCAGCAUCUCUCGUGCGAUCGUAUUGGUCGAUCGGGAACAGGGUGGUGUGCAUAACCUGUCCGUAAACGACAAGAUUUCCGUUCACAGCCUGUUCACACUUACAGAACUGAGCGAGAUUUUACUGCAAGAAGGUCGGAUUUCUGCAGAUGAACAUCAUCGCGUUGUCAACUUCAUUCUGUCAACACCGAUAACCGAGCCCCUGAGGACACCGCCAGUGGAGUUUUCCAUACCUCUUGGACGGUUAUCUUUGGAACAAGUGUCGGAGAAUAAGAGAUCGCGUGUAUGCGUUGCCAUCGACACUACCGAUGCGAACCAACUCCUACGAUUGGCCGACACGGUCGGACCGAGUGUAUGUGCGAUUAAGAUGCAUCUUGAUCUCCUGGACUCCCGAACGAAUGCGGAUCAACUGAUCUAUGGCCUUCGCGAAUUAGCGAACCAGCAUGGCUUUGUUCUCUUGGAAGACAGAAAAUUGGCCGACAUCGGACAGACAGCAUUGCAACAGCUCUCCAAGGGCAUUUACCGGGUUGCUGAAUGGUGCCACCUUGUGACGGUCCACUGCAUCGCUGGCUCUGGUGUACUUCAAGCAUUUCGUACAGCAAACGAGGAGCUCUCCAUCAAGGGGAAAUCCCAUUGCAUCAAAGCCCUCCCUGUGUUACAGAUGAGCUCUAGGGAUAAUUUGCUGGAUGAUUCCUACUCGUCAAAAUGUUUACGUUUGUGCGAAGCUUACACUGAUGUGAUCGCCGGGUUUGUCUGCCAAAACCCUAUUGCAGAAGCCGACCGCAUGCUCGAAGCCAAUCCAUGUGCAUCUUACUGGAUCCCAGGUGUUCAUAUGCAUGCGUCUGGUGACCAGCUUGGUCAAACUUACUGCACUGUCGACUCCGCAGUGGAGCGGUUCAGGACUGUGCAAUCAGCUCGUUCAAACCUCAUCCUCAUUGUUGGGCGUGGUAUCACCGAUGCAGACGACCCAUCCGCUACCGCAGAGCUCUAUAGAGCUGCUGUUGAGGAUGCAAUUAAGACUUCUUCUUACUAACGAGCGUAGAUGAAAUUUAUUUGUAGUGUUUUAUGAUUUGUCAUCGAUGGACGUUAUCAUUUCAAUUUUGCUACAUAAAGUUACCUGUGACAAUGUUCAAUGCGAUAACAUCUCUGUUUCUUGUUUGUUUUGCUUGCAUCUAUCUCCGCUGUUUACACGACUUUCUCUUCGGGUUCAUUGGCACAUGCAAUUUAAGCUUAGACAUCUAGCAUACGGUUGAAAGCUCGUAGUCGCUCAUUCGAGAUAUGUGGGUCUCACCGCAAGGUCCCUAAUUGGAAUCCC